UGGUAUUCAAAAUCAGCUAAAAAUGAUGACUCACCUAGACAAAAUAGUUCUGAACAAUGCUACGACAAGGGAAUAAGUACAACCAAGAAUAAAAAGGUAGCAUUUAAACAGUACUUGAAAAAUGCUGAAGAUGGAAUUGGAGUUGAAAAAGACGAACGAAUUGGAGUCGAAAAAGAUGAACGAAUUGGAGUUGAAAAAGACGAACGAGUUGGAAUUGAAAAAGACAAAUGA